AAACAAAAAAAAAAAAAAAAAAAGAGGUAAACUAAGCCUACGCUUGAAAAAAAACGAGGUAAACUAAGCCUCAAUAAAAGGCCGGUUUGAACUUAGCCCAAUCAAGUUUAAAAGUAGAAUUGGAUUUUAGAUGGUGGCCGUUUUUAGUUUUUUUCUUGUUUCAAAAGCAAACAGUGGUUUGCUUCUAAGUUUUAGUUACAUUUUAAUGAUUAAUGAUGACAUGGAAAUACCACGAGAGAAAGCAAUUUGCAUGCUUUAUUGCAAAGAAUAUAGUGAAGAAAAUGCCGAUAGACUCCUAAAGAUAAUUGAUAAAAAUGAAUUAGAUAUUUGUUAUCAAAGUAGUCCAUUAAAGCCGGCGCUUGUUCCAAUUUUUAAAAUUUUUGCUGAACCUCAUACGUACAAGCGAUAUAAAUCAAAUAAAUAUUUUUUAAAAUAAAAAAAAAAUAUCAAUAAUACAAUGUGUAUCAAUGAAUGGGAGGGAAUAACAAGUGUGUUUUUUUUUAAUCUUCUUUAGAUAUUUGGCAUGGAGACCCUCGACAAUUAAAUGGAAGUAGUACGUUAAUUGUCAUCGAGAAUUUGUCUACGGCUAUAUACAACAACGUCACAAACAAAAGGGAAGCAAUCCACUAUUAUUUUUUCAAUUGAUUUGUUAUCCCUACAAAAGUAAUCAGUACUCAUCAAAAGCCACACUUACUAAAAAAAAAAAAAAAAAAAAAAA